CCCCUGCCGAGUCCCAAAACCCUAGCCCCUUUUUUCUCCCUCUAAAAGCACAAUUUGCUCGUUUAGCAGUCGCGCGGAGCAGCAGCAGCAGCAGCAGCAGCCAUGGGUAUCGAUUUGGUCGCCGGUGGCAAGGUCAAGAAAUCCAAGCGAAUCGCCCCCAAAUCAGAUGAUAUUUACCUCAAGCUACUCGUCAAGCUGUACCGGUUUCUUGUGCGGAGGACAGGGAGCAAGUUCAAUGCGGUGAUACUGAAGAGGCUCUUCAUGAGCAAGGUCAACAAGCCGCCUCUAUCUCUCUCCAGAUUGAGUCGUUACAUGAAGGCCAAGGAGGGUAAGAUUGCCGUGGUUGUUGGGACUGUGACUGAUGACACUCGGGUGUACGAAGUUCCCUCGCUGAAAGUGACUGCCCUGAGGUUCACGGAGACUGCGAGGGCUAGGAUUGAAAAGGCGGGUGGAGAAUGCUUGACAUUUGACCAGCUGGCUCUCAGAGCCCCUCUUGGGCAGAACACGGUUCUCCUUAGAGGUCCUAAGAAUUCUCGUGAAGCUGUGAAGCACUUUGGGCCAGCUCCUGGUGUGCCACACAGCCACACAAAACCCUAUGUACGUUCAAAAGGAAGGAAAUUUGAGAAGGCUAGAGGAAGAAGGAACAGCAGGGGCUUCAGAAAUUGAGUUGCUGAACUCAUGCAAUUAUGGUUCCCAUUUCAUGUCUUUUUUUCUCAUCCUUUCCAAGGAACACAUGUUAUCUUUAGCGGGUUUUCUUUUGCAUUUCCCCUUUUCCGAUAUGGAUAUAUUUUCCUUGUAGAAUUGAAAUCUGCUGCUGGAUGUUCGAAGGUAUUUUUGGGUGCUUUUUAAGUGUAGUGGUGCCAAAACAUGAUUUUGAAUAGUUUUAAGCUGAUAUUAGUAUGUUCUAAAUUAUCUUGAGUCAUGCAAAUCAAUGCUUUGAAAUUGACAGUGUC